UUUUUUUUUUUUUUUUUUUGAUAUCUUUAAUCGUGUCGGGUGGGAUCAUCUCGAUACAAUUACGUAUAAAAGGAGAUCGAUUCUCUUUGCCUUCUCAAUCGGAUUUCAGGCUCCCAUUUUAACCGACCUCUAUUUUCCACCGAGACAGAGUGAGCUUUUCCGGCAUGGCUUCAACUUCUAGGGAUCCGGCUCCGCCGUACGCCAGUGCUGCUAGAAUUUCCGAUUCUCCUUGUUAUCCUCAGUACAGCGCUUCCCUGAAAUGUCUUGAAGAACAUAACUCAGAGAAGAGCAAAUGUCGAGAACAUUUUGAUGUUUACAAGGAAUGCAAGAAGAAAGAGCGGGAAGCUCGAUUGGAACGCAACAGGAACCGGUCUUUCUUCUCAUGAAAUUAUACAUUUAGGCAUGUUUCUUGAUAUUGAAGUAUGUAAGUUCAAUAUGCAAUCUGCACACACUUGUUAACCUUCUCGUAGCAGUAGAUUUAUCUGGUGCUCAUUGAGACAAUGAUUCAGCGUGUACUGCCCUCUUACUACCAUCAUUCGUCUAUUAAUAAAAGAUGCAUACCAUCUUUAUAUUCAAUCAUCUCCAUGUUGAUCAUUUUUCAUUGUGAAAGUGUAGGAAUCUGUAAAAAUUGAUCUUCAAUUUGAUCUAAAUAGUGCAGGCUACAAGAGUUACGCAGCA